AGCUCUGUGAGCGCGCUAGGAUCUACUACAUUAUACGAUCGUUUACAUGGUAUAUAGUAAAAAAUCUCGCGGUGUACAGUGUUCAAUGUACAUUUUAGCCUAAUUACUAGAUUAACAAAUCAAUCGUAAGAAAAAAAAAGAAGUUUAAAGAUAGUUGAAGUAACUUUCAAUUCGAGAGAAGACGAAAUCCCGAAUCAGCUGUUUAACCUCAAUAAGUUCGAAGUCCAUGAAUGUAAGACUAUGAACUGAAUGAAAUAACAAAAUUAUUAAUACCUUUUGAAAGUGAAUAGAGAAAGGGAAAGAGAAAACAAUUAAAAUACGGAAGAACAAGAAAAAACGAAAAGAAUGGCAGCUGGUAAACGAAGAGGAAUUCAUCCGAACACCGGAAGUGGGAAUAGUUUUAUGGGAAACUCUUUUUCGGGAGGUAACACGAGAUUGAGCCGUUUAAAUUUCCGUCCAAGCUCAAAUCAAGAGGAUCGAGGUGGGACGAGACCGACCACGGCACCUAGUUCAAUAGGUCUUAUAUUCGUUACUAUGUUUUUACACAUUUGCAAAAAAUCUUUGCUCUUUGAUACCAGAUUGAAGGUAGCCAUAUAUUGUGGCCUGAUAUUUACGAUAUCUCUCGUGGCUGAUUUCGUGAUUAUGCCUAGGUCAUACUUUUCCCGAUCGGAUAAUGCGCUCAAUCGGUAUUUCGUCAAAUGGGGAUGGGGAUGGCUCUUGAUAGUAACCAUCCCAUGGGUAGUUCUUACGUCUCACACGCUUGGUUGCGGUCGCAGGUCGAUUAUAUUGAGGCACUUAGCUCGUUUAGUUCUUGCUACAUUGGCCUGGCUAACAUGGAUAAAAUUAUUUAAUUACAUUGAAAAUAACUUUGGUCGUUGCGUUAACACGAAAGAGGCUCACUUGCAAUUCAAAGUUAAAUGUCUUCAAGCAGGAAAAUUUUGGAAUGGUCUCGAUAUAUCAGGUCAUAGUUUCAUUCUUGUAUACUCCAGCCUUAUCUUAGCCGAGGAAGGUUCCUCUAUGAUUGGUUGGGAAGGUAUAAAAGAUUUAAUAAUGCGAGAGGAACACUCCAGAAUAACACCGAAUGAAACCAGCUUCGGUCCACUUCGGAAUCUGUCAGAUAAUGAUCUAGAGUUCCUAAAAAAAGCUCACAAUCUUUUUACACCCUAUUUAAGAGCUCUUUUCGUCGUAAUGACUAUGCAACAAUUACUUUGGGACGUCAUGCUGGUCUCGACCGUCCUGUAUUAUCACAUUAUGAUAGAAAAAUUUCUUGGUGGUAUUGCCGCCGUUCUAACUUGGUAUAUCACUUAUCAAUGGUGGUACAAAUCACCAAAAAUUGGCUUACCACCACCAGGUGAUGGUCUUUUCAAAUAUAACGAAGUUAAACCUCAACAUGACCUUAAUGCAGCGCGAGCAAGACGUAGCACUUUGAAUGGAACCAACAAUAGGUUCAUGGGUCUUCCUAUUCGAAUUAGUCAAGAUAAUCCAGAAAAAAUUGUCUCAACGAAUAGACAAUCAGAAAUUGAAACUCCUACACAGUAUCGUGUGAUCUGAAUUAGUGCAUUCUCUUUUAGAUUUUUUUAUAUCUUCUUUUCUCAUUCUGGACACUCAAAAAUCAUCUCAUGAUUUUUAUCUAUUACUCUAUUAAUAUUUACUACAAAAAUCUGUGAAUAUUUAAAAAAGUAAAUCAUGUACAUAAAAAUGUGUAAAGAAUAUUAUGAUACUUUUAUGUAGGUAUUAUUCUUAUAAUCUCAUUUUGAUAUGAUUAUAGAAAUGAUUGGCUAGCAUUUUCUUGCACAUGAUUGCAUCAUAUCUUCGAGUUUUCUAAUUUUAGGAAAUAUCACAAUAAAAAAAUAUAUGGGAAUGUUUAACUUUGUUACCUCUCUAUGGACUGUUGAUAAAAUAUAACAUUUCAUUAAGAUAUGAUAUAACUAUUGUAACUACGAAACAUUUACAUAAUUUACCUCAAAUUUUACGAUUUGUAUUUAAUAAGUUAUAUUUGUUGUUAAUUUAUUAACACAAUGUGUUCAUUUCUAUUGGUUGGUAGAAUAAUUUUGUGGUAAGAAUUGUAAAUAGUUCACAACGCACGUUUUGUAUAAAGAGAGAAAGUACAAAGUA